CGUCACUCGUCAUGUCUCAUGUCAUUUUAGUUUAGGUUAUUGGCUGUGACACACGUGAUAGAUCUUUCUUUUCUUCCUUUUCUAGUAGCCUGUGUUCAAGGUAAAUUAUAAAAUGGGACGAUACGCUCGCGAACCUGAUAAUGCCGCUAAAUCCUGUAAGGCCCGUGGCUCAAACUUGAGAGUCCACUUUAAAAACACUUGUGAAACAGCUAAUGCCAUCCGGAAAAUGCCCCUCAAAAGGGCACAAGCCUAUCUCAAAAACGUUGUAGGCAUGCAGGAAUGUAUCCCAUUCAGAAGAUUCAAUGGAGGCGUGGGCCGUUGUUCUCAAGCGAAACAGUUUGGCACCACUCAAGGUCGUUGGCCAAAGAAAUCUGCUGAAUUCCUUCUGCAACUUCUAAGAAAUGCUGAGAGCAAUGCUGACUACAGUGGUUUAGAUGUUGACAGAUUAGUUGUCGAUCACAUUCAGGUCAACAGAGCAGCAUGCUUGAGACGUCGUACUUACCGUGCUCACGGUAGAAUUAACCCCUACAUGUCUUCACCAUGCCACAUUGAAUUAUGGCUUACUGAAGCCGAAACAAAUAAAACUGCGCCCAAAACUGGUGAAAAGCCGUCGAAGAGAACUAAGUCGUCGGCGCUUGCUGCACAUUAGUUAAUCUUUUGUUUUUUUGUGAAAUAAGUCCAAUUAUUUCACAAAAAAACAAAAAAAAAACAUCUUAUUUUGUCAUAACAUGCCACCAGGUUUUAUGAUUCAAUAAAUGAAUAUAUAAAUAAAUAAAUAG